CCGCGCACAUCCCGCGGGAAUUGAUCACCGACUGGGUGGGGAACCAGCUGAAGGAGGACGUCGACAAGUCCAUCGACGUGCGCGGCAGCGACAUCACGCUCGUCUCCGCGCAGCUCAUCGCGUUCUCCCGCGGUUCCUUCAGGCCGGAGGUGCGCUUCCAGUUCUCCACGGCCGUCGAGAUCGCGCCGAAUUCCACGCGGUCGAUCUGCUCCUGGGACGGGCGCUCCGCCGCGCGCCACUGCGUCGCCCCGCGGGACACGCGCAUCCUGGGGGACGCGGUGCGCGUGGACGUGGACUCUGUGUAUUCCCCGCGGAACACCUACGCGAUCUCGAUCCCCCCCGGGUAUCUCUGCGACCGCUACCGGAACUUCUACGAGGGCUUCGCCGAGGGCUCCUUCCGCGUGUCGACGCGCAUGCUCUGGCCGAUCGAGCUGGCGCACGCGGCGAACCCGGGGUGGAUCGCCGUGGCGCUUCUGCUCUUCCUCGCGGGAGGCUUCAUCGCGAUCGCGGGAUACAAGAACGUGUAUCACAGCGUGAUCGCCGCGAACGCGCUGCUCGUCGCGCUGGUCUAUCUGGCCUGCUGCUUACUGCUUUUGGCCGAGUGGACGCAGAAGAUCCCGCCGCUCCUCGUGGACUGCGUCGUGCUGCUCCUCGCCGCGCUGGCGCUGGCCUCCAGCGUGGCGGUCAUCCGCGUGGCCCCGUCGCUGGCGCUGCGGCUCUUCGGCGCGACGCUGGGCUUCGUGCUGGGCGUCGGACUGGAGCGAUUGGCCACCGACUGCGUGCUCUACGCGAUCGGGUUCAUCGCGGGGUACCUCGCUUCGCCUCCCUCUCACGGCUAGCGAUCUCUAUCUCGCCUUCGCGCUGCUCCCGGUCUUCUUCGCGGUGGUUUUCGCGGGGAUCCCGAUGCGAUGGCAGUGGCAGUUCCUCGCGGGGAUCGCGGUGACGGCGAGCGGAUUCCUCGUGGAGGCCGUGUUCCUGACGAUCAUGGAGAGUCUGCACGCGACGAAGAUGCUCGGGAAGUCGUGCAAUCUGCUGGCGGACGGGAUGGAGCUGCUGACGUUCGGCGUGGUGGCGAUGGGCGCGUAUCACAUCCAGCGCAAAGUCUACGCGACGGAGCAGUUCCAUGAGUACUACUUCGGGAAGGGGACGAAGACGGGGAAGAAGCGCGAGAAGAAGGGCGGAAAGAGCGGAAAAGGCGCGAAGAACGCGAAGAACGCGCAGAAGAUGAAGAAGAAGUCGAAGAAGGAGGAAAAGAAGGCGCAGUAUCCGAUGCAGGAGAUCGAGGAGGGGAGUCUAUCGUGUAUUACCAAUGUUUAGUUGUACCAUU